UGAAUGUCGGAAACAGCUUUUAGCAGGAUCUCAUGUAUUCAUAUCUGUGACAAGCAGAGAUGGCGCCACGCAUUUCUCUGCUGCUAGUCGCAUCGCUCUGUAGUGUACUUGACGAUCAGGGAAGAAUCUUUGCCAGUCAAUGGGACAACUUAUGGUACGAGCCUCCGCCAAAAGUUCCACUUAAACCGUACGCUGAGACAAAGUCGAUACUUUCCAAAUAUCAAGAUGCGUGGAAGUUCAUUACGAGAAACAGAACUAUGUUCCUGUAUCAACGGUCGUACAAGCAUGACCGAAUGUAUGGGAAGAACGGCCAAUGCGUGAAAGCGGAGGUCAUCUACAUCGAUAGAAGGACAAAGACUGCCACCGUACAGCUAAGUUCUGCGAACCACAAAAAACGUGAGAUAACGCAGUUUGUUGCGUACUUCACCGCCAACCGCACAAGAGGGUAUGACGUAUAUAAUGUGUUAUAUGCAAGGUACGAGCUGGACUCAGAUGAUCCAGGUUACCAUUAUCCCAUGAUAUUUUCGGACUAUAAAACUUGCGGAAUCCUGAGAAUUCCUCACUAUGAAAAACGUAUUGUACAGAAGGAAGUACAUCCAGUAGCAACGCUGAUGGUAUGCCCAGGAAUGGGAGUCGUUUAUGGUACCAAGCAGAGCAAUAUACAAGAGAUGCGUGACGUCAGAGAACAGAAUGAUUGAUGUCACUGAGAUGCAGUAUCAGUUAGAAAGGUAAUGACUAAGGAGACAACAUAAAAUCGUAACUCGAUAAUUGAAGAUCAGACAACACAGACUUUAUUCGGCAGCCUCCAGAGCAAGCUCCACUGCAUGGUUUUGUAUCUGCCAACUUUUGGACCACUGUUUGGGUACUGCCUGCUGACGACGCCAAUAAAAAUCGCAGCGUCUGUCGUAAUACAAGCAACGAAAGACAUUAAAGAUGAAAG